AUGUCUAAGUCGCGUUCUGUUUACACACACAAUGUAUACAAAUUUCAAAGGUCGGUACUCAAUCUUGAGAUUAGUGACGCUCACGCGACCAUUGUUAAAUACCAAAAUAUUUUGUUGUCGCUGGAGAAUGACAUCUUAAUUGAAUUACCGGUUGAAGUGUCAAAAAAAUUCUUCGACACGCAACACUUGAAAUUAGAACCGGCCUUCAACGCUUACAAGACGGCUAAUAUCAACAAGUUAGCUAGUCUGAUCAAUAACAAAAAACGACUCAAUUUUAAUCCAAUUGACACGACCUCUGAAAAUUGGUUAGUAAACCUCAGCAGCACCGAGAUUCCGGUCAAUGUUAUCGACGUACUAAAAAUGGGACCUAAAUAUGGCAUUCCUUUUAAGAAUAACCGCAUUCCAACCAACAAACUCAUAUCGGAUUUCGAAUCAAAGAUCUCCUGCAUUCCUUUUAAUUCUCGUAAUACGGCUAGGCAAGAUUUCACCAAUACAAUAAAAAAGUUCAUUAACACUCCUGCUCCCCUUAACGCCGAUAAGAACGUCCUUCACAAAAAAAUCAAUGAAACUAAGAUCUUCCAAAACAACAAUCAGGAUUUGCUUUUCUUGAAGGCGGAUAAGGGAAACAAGACUGUUGUGAUGAACAAACUAAUGUACGAGGCCAAAAUGUUGCAACAACUAUCUAACAAUAAUUCUUAUAAAGUUGUUAGAUAUGAUCUCACUUCUACUUUGCAACAAGAAGUAAAAAAACUAACAACUGAUUGGGUCGAUAGCAAAUUCAUCUCUAAUCAACUGAGACGUCAAAUUGCUAAAACGGAUUGCCUACCACCUAGAGCUUACGGACUACCGAAAAUCCAUAAACCUGAUACACCGGUACGAAUCAUUGUGUCCUUCACUGAUAGUCCGACGAUUAAUCUGGCUCGUUUCCUUAGUAAAUGGAUAGGUAAUAACAUCACACCUCCCUUGUCACGGAUAAGAGAUAGUUUUGCGUUGGUGAAUGCUAUUAGGGACCUUCGUCUUCCAGCUGAUUAUAUUUAA